UGAGAACCUUGCAGGUGAUAUUGCAGCCUAACAUAAAUUGCUACCUGCUACAAAUUCGUCAAGAUAAGUGUAAGCUCAUUGCAAAUAGAGGAACUUCCUCACAGCUGGUCAUCUUUAUGACAUCACUUACUGAAACAUAAUAUAUUAUGUUGUUGUAAUGAGUCAGUUUGAAACCUGCGCCGCGGACGAACACAUGUGUUUUCUGUGUGUUGUUUUAAUGCGAUUUAUUAGUCUAGACUUUAGUUCUAUAAUAACUUAAUACCCUAGUGUUGUAACCGUGGAUUAUUAUGCAAGUGGCAACUAAUAAGGUUAACUUUUAAUUGUGUCAAGAAAAACAAUUUUUCUGAAAUAAAUAUAAACAGUUUUAUCUAAUACAGUUUUUAGUUUAGUAACUGUUAGUUUAACUUGAAGUCUAGCUUUUCCCAAAUAAUUUAGUUACUAAAGGAUCGAGAGAACUUUGCCGACUUACAUUUGGAGUUGGAUUUUAUUAUUUUAGUUCAAACCAUGUGGCCGCAUCAAAGGGACUUCACCUGAGGGUAUAAUUGGUGAAAAAGUAUGGCGGACUGUCGGGCAAGAAGUGCUGAUGGAAGUUCCGGGCCUGAUGGAAGUCGCUGCUGCGAAGGUGUGCACGAGGAGAGUCAGGAGAGUCCAAACUGUGAGGAUGAGAGGCUUCCUGGAGAUGGCGCCAGCUGUACGCUACCUGACGAUCAUGUCCGGAUAAGCGACGACGACGGCUCCACCAACAGCGCGCGGAACAGCAUCGACCCCUUCCCCCCGGAAGCGGAACCAGCCGUUACAGAGAGCAUGCUAAGAACAGGUCGGUACUACAAGGGAAUAUACUGGCCAUCACUCACUAAUAGUUUUAAGGACGAAGCUGUCGAAUUAUCAUACCAAAGGUAUUCACGGAGACAAAGGCAGAAAUCUCUCAUAAUGGUCAACGUAGUUGACUUAGCGCUGAAGAUAUGUUUAUCGUUAAUCUACACAUUAUCAAAUAGAAAUAAUAUCGGGGUAGUGACGGACGGGUACAAAAUAACAUGGACGGCCGCGUUCUGUCUCAUCAACAUCGCGCUGUGUCUGCUCGGAGGAUGGCGCUGUUUCGCCAACAACUACCUGCACUGGGCCGCCGCUGCCACUUGGAUACUACUCAUAGCGCAGGGCCUAAGCGGUCAGGGCAUAGGUUUCCAAGAGCCAGAGAACCAGGUGUGGUACAUGCUGUUCAUCAUUUUCGUGCCGUACGCCAUGCUGCCGCUGUCGCUGGGCUGGUGCAUCGUCAUCGGGAUCCUGUCUUCCUUCUCACACGUGCUGGCCACGGCUGUUAAUAUUAAGGACUUGAUGCAAGACAUUACACAUGCAGCUAAGACAUGCGGUACUCGGAUCCUCAUAGCAAAUUCUUUACUUUACAUGGCCGUAAACUUCGCCGGAAUGUACGCUAAGUACCUCGCAGACUGGGGGCAGAGAAAGGCCUUCCUAGAGACCCACAGGUCUAUGGUCACCAGGCAAAGAACCAAGCGGGAGAGUGACAGGCAGUGGAAACUAUUUCAAAGUGUGAUACCGGAUUUUUUAGCGAAAGAGAUAUCAAACCACGUAUCGAGAGUAAAGGGAGAGUUCCAAGAACAGCAAUUUAAUAACUUGUACAUCCAGAGGCAUGAGGACGUCUCUAUACUGUUCGCCGAUAUAAAAGGAUUCACUGAGUUAUCCAGCAAAUGUAGCGCACAAGACUUGGUGAAACUGUUGAACGAGCUCUUUGCCCGCUUCGACAGGUUGGCUUCGGAGAAUCACUGUUUACGCAUCAAGCUGCUGGGGGAUUGCUACUUCUGUGUGAGCGGGCUGCCGGAGCGGCGCAGCGACCACGCCUUCUGCUGCGUCAACAUGGGGCUGCAGAUGAUCCGCGUCAUCCGCGACGUGCGCUACAACAAACAGGUGGAUUUAGACAUGAGGAUAGGCAUCCACAGCGGUACAGUACUGUGCGGCGUGCUCGGUUUGCUCAAGUGGCAGUUCGACCUGUGGUCGCAUGACGUCACGCUGGCUAACCACAUGGAGAGCGGAGGACUCCCAGGGCGGGUACACAUAUCGGCAGCUACUCUGGAAUGCUUGAACGCGACGUUCGAGGUGGAGCCAGGAGAGGGCGAGAAGCGAGACCCCUACCUGCGCGAGCUCAACCUCACCACCUACCUCAUCAAAGCCACGGAGCAUCCCAGGAGAACUAGGAACAAAUCUAUAAGCACAUACUCCAUACAGCCCCAGCUGCAGCUGCAACAGCAAGAGAACGGCCCGCGCGGCAGUAACGGCAGUAUAGAGGAUGAGAACACCACCGACUUCAUACCGGAGAUGCCCUUCCAAAGUUACUUCCAAAGCAGCGCCACAGUGCUUCGCAACCGUCGCCCCGACAAACACGAUGACGUAGAACAUGGGCAGGACUUGGAGAUUACAUCUUUAUCAGAGCAGGAGGACGACAUUAUCAAUCACUCUAUCGAAGUGAGCAGUAAUCGCCGCAUGCGGGUGGAGCACAUGAAGCCGUGGUCGCUGCACUUUCGAGAGCCUUCCCUGGACGAGCGCUUCGGAGAACUGGAUGAGAAGACAUUCAAGUCCAAUGUUAUGUGUUGCUUCGUGAUAUGGCUGUUCAUUGUGGCUGUGCAGUGUGUCAUACAUUAUAAUUGCUGGUUGCUGGUGGUGAUACUGAUGAUAAUGACGAUCCCGCUGGCGCUGUCGUUCCUGCUGGUGAUGGCGGAGGAGUUCCAGCAGGCGGUGCCGCGGCUCGCCAAGCUGUCGGCGGCCGUCAGCGGCGACCGCUUGCGCCGGAACGUGCACAUCUGCUGCUUCGUCACUAUCAUGUCCAUAUCUAGCACAAUAAAACUUUACAUUUGCCAGGAUACUAUUACUCCCGCUGAGCCAUCUAAAAGCAACAUCACUCGAGUGGUCACUAUCUUAGAAGAUUCCGACACGCAAGAAAUACUAGAGGAGUGCUACAAACCGGAAUAUGUUGUGUUCACAUGGAUCCUGUGUCUGGUCGCUCUGACGUCGAUCCUGAAGCUAUUCUAUCUGAUAAAAACGUUACUCGCUAUCGUUAAUGUUGGGAUGUACGCUAUACUCUUGCUGAACUACUACAAUAAAGAAGAAGACGCCUCGGGUGAUGGUAAUAACACACUACGUUUCUACAUCCAAAUGCUGAUCUUGAUGAUGAUGUUCCUCGUGAUAGUGGUGUACCACGCGAGGCUGAUGGAGGUCACGUCGCGGCUCGACUUCCUCUGGAAACUGCAAGCGGAGACUGAUUUGAAAGAGAUGAAGGAAACCCAAAGGACGAACAGACAUUUGCUGAAACACAUACUUCCUGAUCAUGUCGUCAAUCAUUUUCUGAGCAAAGACAGGUGUCCUGAUGAGCUAUAUUCACAAUGGAGGGACGAGGUGGCGGUGAUGUUUGCGGGCAUCCCCAACUUCCACGAAUUCUACUCCGAACAGAAGGCCAUCGACUGUAUGCGGCUGCUAAACGAGAUCAUUUUUGACUUCGACAGGUUAUUGACGCAACCAAAAUUUAAAUGCAUAGAAAAGAUAAAAACAAUCGGAGCGACUUACAUGGCAGCGUCUGGGCUGAACCCUAACCAUAAGAUCGGAGACGACGAUUGCAAGCAUGUGUGUGCGCUGGUAGACUACGCAUUCGCGCUGCGCGAGGCGCUCGAGGACAUCAACAAGCACAGCUUCAACAAGUUCCGGUUACGAGUAGGUAUAAGCUGCGGGCCACUGGUGGGCGGCGUUAUCGGUGCGCGUAAACCCGUGUACGACAUCUGGGGGAACACGGUGAACGAGGCGUCCCGCAUGGAGUCCACCGGCGCCAUGGACCGCAUACAAGUUACCAAGUACACCAAACAGGUCGGCAUAGUGUAGCUAUAGUGUAGAUAUG